AGCAACGGUUCCUGUUGAUGCGCAGCGCAACCUGCGAGCCAGUUAAAACUUUUUGGCUUUAGUAACUAAGACAUUUUAGCAAAAAUAUCACUGACAACAUUAUCAGGCAGGUUAUGGCAGCAGCAGGUAAAGCCAAAGAGAAAGAGCCGGUGGAUAUAGUUCACCAGAAUGCGAUUCACGUGGAGACCAUCCUGAAGGAGCAGAGGAGUCGGAAGCUGUACACAGAGUUCAGCAUUAAUCCGUUCAAAAAGCUGCACGUUUUGACUGACAAACCCAUGUCAAGGACUACACAUGAAGAGGCAGCGGAAGACCCUGCCUUCCUAAAGAUUAUUCAUGGAGCACAUUUGGAACCAACAAAGAAGUACACUCAUCCCAUGACGGAGUCUCAAGAAAUUGGAUGGAUAUCCACUCCACUGAUUGUUUCGGAUCGCGCAGACAGAAGACUGAACUUUCCACGGCAGAAUUCAGAAAUUACCAAAUACAUGGAUGCUGCCUGGCGUCUGAAGGAACAAACCCAGAACCUUGGAUGAAAUUCACAGUUUUAUCUGUAACUGCCAUGAUGUGUUGCUCUCAGGAUUCUCCAAACACAGAAAAUAGUUUGUCUUAUUGUGCUUACUGUCUUAUAUUAAAUCAUAGCACCAUAUGAUGAGCAAGAGUAGUUGUGCAGUUUUCCAGACAUCAUCCUUGGCUGUCUGUUAUUAAUCAUUGUGACUGAGAAAGCAUGACACGUUGGAUCAAUUCUACAAAAUGUCAUGUCAUGUCGAAACAUGAAUCACAUAGAAAUAUUUUGCAAAUGUGGUCUUUACGAGAGAAAAAUCCAUAAACGUUAAGACACGCAGCUAAUGAACAAUUGACUUACAUGUUUUAUGCAGGUGCAAUUCUGCUGAGUCAGAACUACAUCUGGAAGUGAAAAUUAGAUUUUUUCCUUUGUAUUCCAGUGAUAUAUGACAGUUUAUAAAUAAUCAGGAUGUGGCAGCAAAUGUUGGUUUGUUCUAGAGUGAUUUACUGUACUUUGAGAGGGGUUAAAUACAUUAAUGUGAAAUUAUAGUUUCACAUAGCCUGUAUUAUGCAUUUAUUUUCAUUUAAUUUAUUUCAUUAUUUUCUUUACUCACUUUUUUAUAUCAUAGAAAUUCAGAGAAAUAUUCUACAUUCACUGUUGAUUUUUGAGUCUGUCCUCUUUUUAAAGGGGUCCUGUAGACUUGUCACCAAAUAAGUAACAGAUGUAUUCACAUAAAACAAAAAAGUUUUGAUAGCAAUUUUAUUUGAAUUCUAAAUAUUUAAAGAGAAACCUUGUUUGAUUCAUAUAUGCAUUACACAACAGCUGCACAAUGUUAGCAAUUGACAGUUUGCAAUAUAAUGAUUGAUGUGUCCUUAAGUGAUACUUCCUUCAUCAGCAGAAAAUUAGUCAGAAUUAGAAAUAGAGAUAAUGAAAGGCUGUUAGUGAAUAUGCUCUUCUGAGGUAAGAAAAUUUGCUGACCCUCACUUUUAUAUGAUGUUUAACAAUAAAUAAUGUGCAGGAUCAGUUAGCUAUUGUUAUAAGUUAUAUUUUCUUAAUUAAGC